AUGGCCACCGCAGACUUCGGAGCGUGCGAUGAGACUUAUAAUAGGUGCCCCGAGGCGCGACAACGGAGCGUGGAGCGCCUCAUCGCCGAGUCCGUCCAGGCUUCCAUGACUGCCGAGAACCGCGCGCUGAAGCGAAGGGUGCGACAGCGGCUGCACAAGCGACUUGGAGCCAUGCUGCCUGCCGAGGAGUUCGAGGAGGCCGUUCUUCGUUUCAAGCUGCUGGAGGUCGAGCACUCCAACAAAGGCUCCCCUGAGGCGACCCAGAGCAAUGCGCCCCAGGAGAUUUGUCCGGAGAACAUCCAGUUUACCCCCGUUCCCAUGGCCGGCUACAUGAACCCGUGGGCGAUGGACACGAGCUAUGUGAUUGCUCCCUGGGUGCAGUCCAUUCCGGGAGCGAUUCCAGGACCCGUGUGGAACGUCUGGGACACGGCCGAGUACGAAUACGAGAUCUGCCAGCCAGAAGUCACAAACAGCAAGCCCCGCCGGAAGAAGUUUCCAAAGGAGCAAGUGGAGAGUGGUAGCACCUCCACACGAGAAGCGGCCGAGGACAGCAGUGCAUCCGCUUCAGCAGAGGACAGCCCACCCUCGUCGGCCGAGGCCGUUUCCACCUCCAACUUGGAGUUGGACGACGAGUGCGAUGAACUUCCUUGCUUCGACCGCGAGAGGCUUCCGGUGGUUCGGACCUUCCUCCACUUUGACACGCGCCCGCCCUGCCAGCACCGCCGGUCGAAAUCGAUCUAA